UACCGCCAUCUCUAAUAUUUGACAACAACAUCCUUUCCUGCGAAUGGGACAAUCAAACGAUGCUCGGCUGAACACGUCCCUCGGGACGACAGAAUGACGGUGGUGUCCCUCCUCAGUAGAUUUCUGAGGAAGUACCUGUUUAGUAUCGAGGCCUUGCUGUUCCUGUGUCUGGUGAUUUUCCUGUAUCACUCCGUCUACCAUUCGUCUCCCCUGUGGAGGUUCAUAUUUCCCUCCUCUGGCUCCAGAGAUAGCAGAAACGAAGCUGUAAAAAACAAGACAAACAGACCCUACAAUGUUUUUGUGCCAGUGCAAUCUACUGGGACGUCCUGGGAACUACAGAAAGAGGGGGCGGCGGCCUACGCUAUACAGGGGAGACGCCCCCACAUGGAGGACAGGUUUAACAUCGUCAUAGACCUGGAGGAAACGGGAACGUCUAUUUUUGGUAUCUUUGAUGGACAUGGAGGGGAGUUUGCCGCCGAGUUUACAGAGAAAACUCUCUUUAAAUACCUAAUGGUUCGGAUUAUGAGUUCCUCAUUAGACGACCAGACGGGGAAUUUUACGGAGAUGAUAAUAGAGGAGGUGUUACGAGUAGAUACACAACUGAUGCAGAUAGCUAGGAAUAAUUCUGACAUAUCAGGUACAACAGCUUUGUUUGCAUUUCUGCGAGGGGAUAUCCUAACUGUGGCCAAUGUUGGUGAUUCCAGGGGCGUACUCUGUGAUAAAAACGGAACAGCCAUACCUUUGUCUUAUGACCAUAAACCAUACAAUGUAAAGGAGAGACAGAGGAUUAAGGAGGUGGGGGGCUUUAUCAGUUUUAAUGGCGUCUGGAGAGUGGCUGGUGUCCUGGCCACGUCUAGAGCCCUGGGGGACUUCCCCCUUAAAGACACAAAAAUGUUGACCGCUGUCCCGGAUAUUCUGACCUUUAACCUCCGGUUUCUACAGCCAUAUUUUAUGAUUCUGGCCUCGGACGGUUUGUGGGACGUGUUCUCCAAUCAGGAAGCGGUAGACUUCCUUAAGGAUCGUCUUGACGAGCCUCUCUUUGGUGCUAAAAGCCUCGUUUUACAGGCUUACUACAGGGGUUCCCUGGACAAUAUUUCUGUCAUGAUUGUUAAUUUUAGCAAUGGAAAAGUUUCUAAGUUUUCCAGCAAUAGGUCUUGACAAAUUUACUUUUGGAUUAUUGCUUGACUAAGUUAUAUUUUGUAGUCAUAUACUCACUACUUAAUGCAAAGUGUUUUGGUGCAAUAUUUUGUCAUAUCAUGUUCUGCAUUGUGCCUGGAUCUGAAAAAAAGAUGUGAUUUAUAUAUACAUUUCUUUUGAAUUUUAAAAAAAAAAUUUUUAGGAUAUUCUGGAGGAAUAAUUUAGAUCUGUGCAUAUAUAUAUAUUUUGAUAUUCAGCAAUGCUUCGACAGUUUAUACAUGUGUGCUCAAAUUAAAGGUAUAGCUUUCUCCCCAUUUCAUUUCAUACUUGUUAUAUACUAUGUAGACAUUGAGUCUUAAAAAGAUAAAAACAUACUACAUGUAGCUUGUGAUACUGGUUAGAUUCCAGGACAUUGCUAUGUCAAAUUGGUCUUAUAUUUGUAUGAUCUGCUUUAUGAAGCUUUUAUUUAUGUAUGUUUUAAUUCUUUUUGUAUCAUUUCCAAUUAUUAGUGUUGUGAUAUGUGUACAUCUGUUGCAAUCUAAACCUAGUCAAUGUUUUAAGUACAGUAUACAUGUUUCCUGUAUAAUUACGCACAUUGGUAUAAAUGGUAUUUUUGUCAUUUAUAUAUUUCAGCAAUGCAUUUUCUUAAUUAACUUAAUUUUGCCUUAAGUACAGCUAGCCUUUAGCUUUAUGAACUUCUCUGCUAAACAUCUAUUUUCAUUCAAGUUUAAAGCAGUCACAAACUCUUAUUGACGUUUAGAGCAGGCAGCUAAUUAAAUCCUGAUCACUAGGCAGUGUACGCUACUACACAAUUUUUAACAGAUGUUCUUGUACUUAAAGAAAA